AUGGCUGAAGGUGUUUUCCAAGGUGCUAUCGGUAUCGACUUGGGUACUACUUACUCCUGUGUUGCUACAUACGAAUCCUCUGUGGAAAUUAUUGCCAACGAGCAAGGUAACAGAGUUACUCCAUCUUUCGUUGCUUUCACUCCAGAAGAGAGAUUGAUCGGUGAUGCUGCCAAGAACCAAGCUGCUUUGAACCCAGAGAACACCGUUUUCGAUGCUAAGCGUUUGAUCGGUAGAAGAUUCGACGACGAGUCUGUUCAAAAGGACAGAAAGACUUGGCCUUUCAAGCUUAUCGACGUCGAAGGUAACCCAGUCGUCGAAGUUCAAUACUUGGGUGAAACCAAGACUUUCUCUCCUCAAGAAAUUUCCUCUAUGGUCUUGACCAAGAUGAAGGAAAUUGCUGAAGCUAAGAUUGGCCAAAAGGUUGAAAAGGCUGUUAUCACUGUUCCAGCUUACUUCAACGACGCUCAAAGACAAGCUACCAAGGACGCUGGUUCUAUCUCUGGUUUGAACGUUCUACGUAUCAUCAACGAACCUACUGCCGCUGCUAUUGCUUACGGUUUGGGUGCUGGUAAAUCCGAAAAGGAGAGACACGUCUUGAUCUUCGAUUUGGGUGGUGGUACUUUCGAUGUUUCCUUGCUACACAUCGCUGGUGGUGUUUACACCGUUAAGUCCACUUCUGGUAACACUCACUUGGGUGGUCAAGAUUUCGACACUAACAUGCUUGAACACUUCAAGAAUGAGUUCAAGAAGAAGACCGGUAACGACAUCUCCGGUGACGCUAGAGCUCUAAGAAGAUUGAGAACUGCUUGUGAAAGAGCAAAGAGAACUUUGUCCUCUGUUACUCAAACUACCAUCGAAGUCGACUCCCUUUACAACGGUGACGAUUUCGAAACCUCUAUCACCAGAGCUAGAUUCGAAGAUUUGAACUCUUCUCUAUUCAAGUCCACUUUGGAACCUGUUGAACAAGUUCUAAAGGAUGCUAAGGUUCCAAAGACUGAAAUCGACGAAGUUGUCCUUGUCGGUGGUUCCACCAGAAUUCCAAAGGUUCAAAAGAUGUUGUCCGAUUUCUUCGAAGGUAAGCAAUUGGAAAAAUCCAUCAACCCAGAUGAAGCUGUUGCCUACGGUGCUGCUGUCCAAGGUGCUAUCUUGACUGGUCAAUCCACUUCUGAAGACACCAAGGAUCUAUUGUUGUUGGAUGUUGCUCCAUUGUCUUUGGGUGUCGGUAUGCAAGGUGACAUCUUCGGUAUUGUCGUUCCAAGAAACACUACCGUUCCAACCAUCAAGAGAAGAACUUUCACCACUGUUGCUGACCACCAAAGCACUGUUCAAUUCCCAGUUUACCAAGGUGAACGUGUUAACUGUAAGGAAAACACUUUGUUGGGUGAAUUCGACUUGAAGAACAUCCCACCAAUGCAAGCUGGUGAACCAGUCUUGGAAGCUAUCUUCGAAGUUGAUGCUAACGGUAUCUUGAAGGUCACUGCUGUUGAAAAAUCUACCGGUAAGUCCGCUAACAUCACUAUCUCUAACGCUGUCGGUAGAUUGUCCUCUGAUGAAAUUGAAAAGAUGGUCAACCAAGCUGAAGAAUUCAAGGCUGCUGACGAAGCUUUCGCUAAGAAGCACGAAGCUAGACAAAGAUUGGAAUCUUACGUUGCUUCCAUUGAACAACAAGUUACUGACCCAGUCUUGUCUUCUAAAUUGAAGAGAGGUUCCAAGACCAAGAUCGAAUCUGCCUUAUCUGACGCUUUGGCCUCUUUGGAAAUCCAAGAUGCUUCCACUGAUGAUUUGAGAAAGGCUGAAGUUGGUUUGAAGAGAGUUGUCACCAAGGCUAUGUCUUCUCGCUAA